AUGAGCACUCCACCUUCUGUGCAGUCCAGAAAGCGCCUCCUGAUGAAGCAACCAGAGAGUCAAACCAAGAAAAUCAAAGAAGCAUCACCGCAGGAGAAGCACUUGGUGACAAACGCCUCAACCGAAGCUGUAGUAGGGGCUUUCCCACCAGCUGUCCAAUCACCAGAGGGAUCCAAGGAGGAAGUGAGAGCUGAACCGACGGGUGAGCCGAUGGAUUUGAGGGCAACUUUGCAGCGAGCUCAAACGUGUGCGCCGGGUUCGAUUCCAGCUUUCGUGGCUGAAUGCUUUCAUCAUUUUGAAACUGGUGGUGCCCAGUACAGUUGGCCUUUUUGGUUGAAGCCUGAGAACUUGAAAGACAUUCAGGGAUUGCGUCCCGCUGAUCCUGGCUACAACCCAAGCACUUUAUGGGUACCCGACCCCAUCCACGACAAGGCUGCUUACCAGAAUGCACAGGGCCAUAACACUCCAAUGCUGAUGCAGUAUUGGAAGCUGAAAUCUGCACACUUUGACAAGGUUGCAUUUUUCAAGGUGGGGAAGUUCUAUGAGAUCUUCUACUAUGAUGCCUUUAUUGCCCAGCGAAUCUGUGGCUUCAAAUGGAUGAGUCAAGAUAAGAAACCUCACGUGGGCUUUCCAGAAAUGGCUAAGCAUGAGUAUGCUAAGCAAAUCCUUGCAGCCGGUUUCAAAGUGGUUGUGGUGGAGCAGGUGGAACGGGUUGUUGAAACCAAUCAGAGGAAAAACGAGGGAAAGUCCCAGGGAAAGCAAGGUUCAGCACCUAUCUGCGUGGAGCGUGCGCCCUGUGAAAUCUUCACAAGUGGAACUUUGGUUGACCCAGAGCUUCUUGAGGGUCCUGGCGCUCGCUUUCUCGCAUACUUGCAUUUCGACCAUAGCCCGAAAAGACUGGAUUUUGCCUUGUGCUUGGUCGACUGCGCCACGUCGCAAAUACAAAUUGGUCGAUACACUGACGGCCCUGAUCGAAAUGUGCUUCGGACAUUGCUGGCCCAGGUGCAACCCAGUGAAGUUGUAUAUGAUGUUGGCAAUUUGCCAAGCGAGGUAGUGAAUUUCUUGAGGAAGUUGCCCUACCGCCCACAACUGUCCGUUGUCCGCGCUGGUGAAUGUGAGCUGUUAGCGGCCAGGAAUCGAUUGAGCAAGUACCGGGCAGAGCAUGCAGCGCAUGCUGUGUUCAACGAGGAAGUGGAAGCUCUUUUGUUGCAGGACUGCGCCGACAGUGCGGCCAUUGCAGCUGCAGGAUUGAUGGAAUAUUUGGCAACAGGUUUGCUGGCAGAUCGACUUUUGCCAGUGGCGCUUUGGACGGUCCUGGGCAGCUCGGGGAAUGCUGGUGGGGGACAGAGAAUGGUGUUGGAUGCUACAGCUCUUUCAGCAAUUGAAGUUGUUGAGACGCUAGAAGGCCGCCACGAUGGGUCCUUGCUCUCCUUUCUGGAUCAUACAAGCACUCCAAUGGGAUACCGCCUCUUGAGACAAUGGGUUUGUGCCCCGCUUUACGAUUUGGAUGACAUACAUCAGAGGCAGGACGCUGUUGAAUUCUUCAUUCAGCAUGGUGACCUCUCACAUCAGCUACGCACAUCUUUGAAGAAAUGCCUUUCAGGUGCCAAGAUACCGGUGGAUUUGGAGAGGGCCACGUCACGAAUUUGGAGCUAUGCGUUGCAAGCGGAGCGCAAAGCAGUCCUGUACGAGGAUGUGACCGCUCGGCGUUUGGGACAAUUCGUCGAGUUGAUGCAGGCCUUUGAAAUGUGCUACAACUUGUUGACAACUGCUUUGCCAGCAGCACUUCCUGGUCGUUUGGCCAGAGUGGCACGGUUACAGAAGAAUGGUGGAAGCUUACCAGAACUGAUGCCGACCAUUGUCCGGUUAAAGGGCAGCCUUGUCGAGACAUCCAAUGAAAAAGGACGAGUGAAGUAUAGGCCACAAGACGGUGCUGACGCUGUCUAUGAUGACAAGUGCAGGAAGAUUGAAAUGGUAACAUCUGAGCUGGAUACAGAACUGCAGAAUGUCCGUCAACGAUAUCCGAAGGUGGGUUUUUCUUUCAUGCACCGACUUCCUGGCUACCGCUAUGAAGUGGAGUGUGAUGAGCAGGCGAUUGGAUCCAACGCAAAGAAUCUGGACGUCACCUACCGAAGCAAAGGUAAACUUCGCUUUUAUACGCCCAAGAUCAGGGAGUUGAUUGCGCAGUUGGAACAUUUGGAAGACGAGCGAGAGGACUGCAUUUUUCCUUUCCUCUCGAAGCUCUUCCGGGAGUUUCACUCACACCAGGCUGCUUUUCGUACACUUAUCAGAUGUGUGGCUGAAGUGGAUGCCUUGCUGUCAUUGGCAUUUGCGUCAUGGAAUCUGAGUGGUGCGUCUUGUAAAGCAGAACUGGUGCAACUAGAUGCUUCAGAGCCUGCUUGCAUUGAGCUUCGGGGCUGUCGGCAUCCAGUUGUGGCAAGCAAAAUGGGGAACGCUUUUGUCCCCAAUGACACGCUGCUGAACUCCUGUGGUGUGCCAGGCAUUUUGAUUGUGACUGGGCCCAAUAUGGGUGGCAAGUCCACCGUCCUGCGGCAGACUUGCGUGGCAGUACUUAUGGCGCAACUUGGUUGCAGAGUCAAUGCGGAGAAGUGCAAGCUCAGCCCUGUGAAGCGCAUUUUCACACGUAUUGGUGCCUAUGAUGCUGUGCUAGAAGGAAAGAGCACGUUGCUUACUGAGCUGGAGGACAUGGGGCUGCCCGGGAUGGUUCAAAUUCCAGCGAGAAAGGAGACUGCAGCCUUGCUGAAACAUGGUACCCCUCGGAGCUUGGCGGUGCUGGAUGAACUUGGGCGUGGGACUGCUACAUUUGAUGGUGCGGCUAUUGCUUCCGCAGUGUUGACGGAGCUUAAGAGUCAUGUGUGCUGUCCUGUCCUAUUUGCAACACAUUAUCAUCCAGUCUCCAAAAAGGCGGUGGAGGACACCACAAGAGUUGCCCCAUUUCAUAUGGCUGCUUCGGUCAACCAGCAGACGAAUGAGACGACUUUCCUCUACAAAUUCCUUCCUGGGCUUUGUCCUGCAUCCCAUGGCCACAACGUGGCCAAAAUCGCAGGUUUGCCGGAGAAGGUGCCGAAAAAUGAAUGA